AUGAGUGUCCGAACGGAGGACAACUUCAGCUUGUGCCAAAGGGCCCUUCAGAUCGUCACGGAGCUCUGUCUAGCGGGGCAUGUAGAUGGGGAGAAAUGCUCGGCUAUAUUUCCCUUGGAGAGCAACAUACAAGGUAAAGGGAGCGCAGACAUCUCUAUCAGUCUCCUUGCUGUUGUCGUGGGUUUCUGUGGACUCGCCCUGUUGGUAGUCUCUCUCUUUGUCUUUUGGAAGCUGUGCUGGCCCAUCUGGAGGAGCAAGGCCCUCUCGUCCCACGUCAACAAUGGCCCCCGUGUCGGGAUCCCCGAGGCCCCUCCGCCGGCCCCCCUGCCCGUCACACCCCUCCACAAGGUGGCACCAAUGGAGGAGGAGAUGAAGCCUGUGUCAGUGGUGAAGGUGAACGGGCGUUGCAGCUCCGUGAAGCUGCUAGAGGCGGCCAUGAAGAUCAGCCAGACAUCCCCGGACAUCCCUGCUGAGGUGCAGACGGCUCUCAGGGAGAGGUUGGGCCAGCAGGCCAAGAUUCAGAGGCAGACCACUGACCCCACCUCGUCCUCCAGGCACAAUUCAUUCCGCCGCCAUCUGCCUCGCCAGAUGAACGUGACGAGUGUGGACUUCAGCAUGGAUACGCUCCCCAUCCGCCAGUCGUCCACUGUAAGCAUCGGCCGCAUCAAGCCCGAGCUCUACAAGCAGAAGUCUGUGGACUCCGAGGACGGGACCCACGAGCCGGUGGAGACGUGCGGUAAGCUGAGCUUCUCCCUGCUCUACGACUACGAGGAACAGGCGCUGGUGGUCACGAUCCUCAAGGCCCUGGAACUGCCGGCCAAAGACUUCACUGGCACCUCCGACCCUUACGUCAAGAUCUACCUGCUGCCAGAGAGACAGAAGAAGUUCCAGACGCGUGUCCAUCGCAAGACGCUCAACCCCACGUUCGACGAGGCCUUCUGCUUCCCCGUGGAGUACGACCAGCUGUGCAACCGCAAACUGCACUUCAGUGUCUACGACUUUGACCGCUUCACCAGCCACGACAUGAUCGGCGAGGUGGUGGUGGACAACCUCUUCGAGCUCUCCGACCUCUCGAGGGAGGCAGUGGUGUGGAAGGACAUUCACGCUGCGACCACGGAGAGUGUGGAUCUGGGGGAGAUCAUGUACUCUCUAUGCUACCUGCCCACAGCAGGACGGAUGACACUGACCGUCAUCAAGUGCCGGAACCUCAAAGCCAUGGACAUCACUGGCUCCUCAGAUCCCUAUGUAAAGGUUUCCCUGCUCUGUGACGGACGGAGACUGAAGAAGCGGAAAACCACCACCAAGAAAAGCACACUGAACCCAGUGUACAACGAGGCCAUCAUCUUUGACAUCCCCCCAGAGAACGUGGAACAGGUCAGCCUGUCCAUCAUGGUGAUGGACUAUGACCGGGUGGGCCACAACGAGGUGAUAGGUGUGUGUCGGACGGGGCCAGAUGCUGAGGGCCUGGGGAGGUACCACUGGAACGAGAUGCUGGCCUACCCACGCAAGCCCAUUACGCACUGGCAUGCCCUGGGAGAGUGGCCAGGAAGAGCGACAAGCUUUGAGAGCCAGGGGUCCUGUCCUUCCCCCAAACCUCCACAAACUCCAUAG